CAAGUUGUGUCCGCAUUGUAUGAACGCAUGCGUUGAGUACAACCUUCACAACAAUAUUAUCCGACACUUUGAUGACAACUAUUGAUAGCACCGGUAGUUUAAAAAACACAUUCAAAAACAAAUCAUUGAUUUAAAAGACUAAUUUACCAUUAAUUUGACGACCAAUUGGAGACCAUUGAUACACACGAUUGUCAAGAUGUCACUCAAGAAGUUAAGUAUCGAUAAAUUGGAUUUGAAUGGCAAACGAGUAUUGAUUCGUGUUGACUUCAAUGUGCCGAUGAAAGACGGGAAGAUUACAAACAAUCAGCGAAUAGUGGCCGCAUUGGACACCAUUAAGUAUGCGUUGGAUAAUAAGGCCAAAAGUGUUGUCCUUAUGUCACAUUUAGGUCGUCCCGAUGGCACUCGUGUGGAGAAGUAUUCGUUACGUCCGGUCGCUGAAGAGGUUGGACGUCUACUUAAGCAAAACGUGACAUUUUUGAACGAUUGUGUCGGCCCUGAGAUUGAGUCGUCGUGUGCUAACCCAACUCCCGGCACUGUUAUACUGCUUGAAAAUCUCCGAUUUCAUGUCGAAGAGGAAGGCAAAGGUGUGGACGCAUCGGGAAAUAAGAUAAAAGCCUCGCAGACAGAUGUCGACGCUUUUCGGACAAGUCUUACGAAGUUAGGCGAUGUAUAUGUGAACGACGCGUUCGGUACCGCACACAGAGGCCACUCAUCAAUGGUUGGCGUUCAACUGCCACAACGCGCCGCCGGUUUUCUCAUGAAUAAAGAGUUGACAUACUUUGCCAAAGUUAUGGAUACUCCCGAAAGUCCUGUUUUGGCCAUUCUUGGCGGCGCUAAAGUGAAGGAUAAAAUUCAAUUGAUUAACAAUUUGUUGGACAAAGUGAAUGAAAUGAUUAUAGUUGGAGGUAUGGCUUUCACUUUCCUCAAGAAACUCAAUAAUAUGGAGAUCGGAAACUCAUUGUACGACUCGGAGGGAGCAGAGAUUGUUGAAGACCUGAUGGCAAAGGCUAAGAAAAAUGGAGUUAAAAUGCAUUUACCGGUCGAUUUUGUGACCGGAGAUAAAUUUAAUGAGAACGCAGCUGUCGGUGAAGCAACUGUUGAGUCGGGAAUACCGGCCGGACAUUUGGGUCUCGAUUGUGGACCAAAAUCUAUUGAGAUUUUUAAAGAACCGCUAUCUAGAGCUAAGACCAUUGUUUGGAACGGACCUGUUGGUGUCUUUGAAUGGGAGAACUAUUCGAAAGGAACGAAAGCCAUUAUGGAUGCCGUGGUUGAGGCCACACAACGAAAUGUGACCACAAUUAUUGGCGGCGGCGAUACAGCCACUUGUUGUGCCAAAUGGGGAACAGAGGACAAAGUGAGUCAUGUAAGCACUGGUGGCGGCGCUAGUCUUGAGUUACUCGAGGGAAAAGUGUUGCCCGGAGUGGCCGCACUUACCGACGCUUAAAUACUACUAUAUAUUAACAAUUAGUCAUUUGAUAAUUAUUAUAUAAAAUUAAAUUAAGUUUUCCAUUAAUAGUGAAU